AUGUCAAAGCCAAACGUAUUAAUUUUGGGUGGUGUUGGAUUCAUCGGUAGAAAUUUGGUGCAAUUCUUGGUGGAGAAGGAUCUCGCCGAAUACAUCCGUGUUGUAGAUAAGGUUUUGCCAGCCACAGCCUUUUUGAAUGCCGCUCACCAAGCAGCCUUUGGAUCGAACAAGGUCGAAUAUAUGCAAGGUAACCUCACCUCGAAUGCCUCGAUCGCCAAGGUCUUCACUUUGGACGGUGGUCGUAAGUUCAACUACGUCUUCAACUUGGCCGGUGAGACCAAGUACGGACAGACCGAGGCCGUCUACAACGAGAAGGUCUUUGAGGUCUCUGACAAGUGUGCCACCGAGGCCGCCAAGGUCGGAGUCGACAAAUUCGUCGAGGUCUCCACCGCCCAGGUCUACGAAGCCAAGAAGAAGGCCUCGAAAGAGGACGGAAAGACCGACCCAUGGACCUUGAUCGCCAAAUACAAAUUGAACGCAGAGAAGAAGUUGAGAGAGAUUCCCAACUUGAAUUUGGUCAUCGUACGUCCAUCCGUUGUAUAUGGUCCAGGUGACAUUCUCGGUAUCUCACCAAGAAUCAUCACCGGUGCCGUCUACAAGCACCUCGCCGAGAAGAUGCAAUUCUUGUGGACCGGUGACUUGAGAUACAACACCGUCCACGUCAGAGACGUCUGUAAAGCAUUGUGGCACGUUGCCACCACAGCUCCAAAGGGUUCACUUUUCAAUCUUUCAGAUAAAGGAGAUACUGAUGCUGAAAUGAUUAGCAAGAUCUUGGAGAAGAUCUUCCAAAUCAAGACCGGUUUCCUCGGAUCGAUCGUUUCAAAUCUUGCACAACUCAACUUGAAGGGUGUUUGUGAAGAAGCCAAUAACAAGCAUCUCAAACCAUGGUCAGAUCUUUGCAAGGACAAGGGAAUCCUCAACACUCCACUCACUCCAUACAUUGACCAAGAACUCCUUUACAACAAUCACUUGAGUGUCGACGGUACUGCUAUCGAAGCCACCGGAUUCAAAUACGACUAUCCAGAGAUCACCGACGCUUUGGUCAGAGAACAAAUCGAGUACUUUACCUCACAAAGAUUGUUCCCAGCUUUGUAA